AUGCUUAUCAAGGAAUCCUACCACGACGUCAAAACCUCGUACGGCACCACUCUCCGGCUAUUUGUGUACACGCCCUCUAUUCCUGGGUACCCCAAUGCCAAGUUCCCCGGAGUACUGGUGUACUCUGAGAUCUACCAGGUGACCGGCCCUGUGUCGCGAGUGGCUCAGCAGAUUGCUGGUCGGGGCUACAUUGUGGUUGCUCCUUCGAUUUACCACAACUUUGUCGGCCCCGAGCCAUUGGCUUACGAUGUUCCUGGAACCGACGCGGGCAACAAGUACAAGAUCGAGAAGCCUCUGGAGUCGUACGAUGAGGACAACAAGCUGGCAAUUGACUACCUGACUUCUCUGGACAACUGCACAGGUCGAAUUGGUGCCACCGGAAUGUGCCUGGGCGGUCACCUGGCGUUCCGAGCUGCUCUGGACAAGCGAGUCACUUCCGUCUUCACCUUUUUUGCUACCGACAUUCACUCGCACUCCCUUGGUCUCGGCAAGAACGACGACUCUCUCAAGCGAAGCAACGAGUUCAACAAGAACGCCGAGUUUACUCUUGUUUUUGGCACUAAGGACAACCAUGUUCCUCCGGAGGGGCGAGAUCUGAUUCGAAAGACUCUGCGAGAUAACGGCGUCUUCUUCUCGUUCCUGGAGGUUGCUGGCGCCCAGCAUGCCUUUAUUCGAGACGAGUCUUCCAAGGGUCGAUAUGAUCCUGUCGUCACUGGUCUCUGUAUGGACAUGCUCUUUGAUCAGUUCUACCGAAACCUCGUUGUUGAUCUUGGUGUCAAGGGAGACGAGGAGAAGGUCGAGGACGUUUGUUAG